AUGGAGGCUGAAUCAGCACCACAAGCACCAGCUUCAGGAGGACGCGUUCUGAAGAUGGUCACCGAAAUGGGAUCAGCUACAGUCGGAGGAAUCUCUCCAGCACUUUCCGCCAACGCUGCAAAAUCUUUCCUUGAGGCCACUGAUAAGGAAAAGAAGACACUUCAAGGACUCAACGAUCGUCUCGGAAACUAUAUCGAUCGUGUGAAGAAGCUUGAAGAGCAAAACCGUAAAUUGGUUGCCGAUUUGGAUGAGCUCCGUGGAAAGUGGGGAAAAGACACUUCUGAAAUCAAGAUCAAAUACUCUGAAUCUCUCUCGACUGCCCGUAAAGACAUCGACGAUGCUGCUCGUAGAAAGGCCGAGAUUGACGUCAAGGUCCAAAGACUGAAGGACGACUUGGCUGAGUACAGAUCCAGAUACGAGGACAUCCAACAUCGUCGUGAGGGAGAUCGCGAAAAGAUCAACCAAUGGACCAAUGCCAUCGCUGACGCUCAAUCUGAGCUCGAGAUGCUCCGUGCCCGUUACAAGCAGUUGACCGAUGAAGAGAAGCGUUUGAACGGAGACAACGCCAGAAUCUGGGAAGAGCUCCAGAAGGCCAGAAGCGAUUUGGACGAUGAGACCAUUGGCAGAAUCGACUUCCAAAACCAAGUACAGACAUUGAUGGAGGAACUCGAGUUCUUGAGAAGAGUCCAUGAGCAAGAGGUCAAGGAACUUCAAGCUCUCCUCGCUCAAGCUCCAGCUGAUACCCGCGAGUUCUUCAAGAACGAAUUGGCUCUUGCUAUCCGUGACAUCAAGGACGAGUAUGAUUACAUUGCCAAGCAAGGAAAGCAAGAUAUGGAGUCGUGGUACAAACUCAAGGUCUCCGAAGUUCAAGGAUCCGCCAACCGUGCUGCCAUGGAAUCCAACUUCCAGAGAGAUGAGGUCAAGAGAAUGAGAGAUAACAUUGGAGAUCUCCGUGGAAAAUUGGGAGAUUUGGAGAACAAGAACUCACUUUUGGAGAAGGAAGUCCAGAACUUGAACUACCAGUUGGCCGACGAUCAAAGACAAUACGAGGCUGCUCUCAACGACAGAGAUGCCACUUUGAGAAGAAUGCGUGAGGAAUGCCAGACAUUGGUUGCUGAGCUCCAAGCCCUUUUGGAUACCAAGCAAAUGUUGGAUGCCGAAAUCGCCAUCUACAGAAAGAUGCUUGAGCAAGAAGAGAGCAGAGUUGGACUCACCCAAAUGGUUGAGCAAGCCGUCAAGACUCACUCUCUCCAACAACAAGAAAACACCGACUCGACGAGAUCGGUUCGCGGUGAAGUGUCGACUAAGACCACUUUCCAGAGGUCUGCCAAGGGAAAUGUGACCAUUUCUGAGUGCGAUCCAAAUGGAAAGUUCAUCAAACUUGAGAACACGAGCAGAAACAAGGAUGAGAACGUCGGUGAGCACAAGAUCAGAAGAAAGUUGGACGGAAGACGCGAGAUCGUCUACAGCAUUCCAGCCAAUGUCAGCAUCAAGCCAGGAAAGAAUUUGACCAUCUACGCCCGCGACCAAGGAGGCAUCAACAACCCACCAGAGUCUCUCGUCUUCGACGGUGAGAACACAUGGGGAAUAGGAGCCAACGUCGUGACAUCAUUGGUGAACAAGGAUGGAGAGGAACGUGCCACCCACACCCAGAAGACCAUCCAAUCCGGACAAUAA